UUGAGGUUAAAUGUUUAAAUAGUAAAUAAUAAUGGAUAUUUCCGAAAAAAUAUUGCAAUUAUUAAAAAAUCUUGACGAAUCUCUUGCUUGUACGUUGUGUAACGAGAAAUGCAAAAAUCCUAUUCGUAUUAUCAUGUGCGGACACUAUUUUUGCGAGAAAUGCAUCAAGAAUUACACUGGAAGGAGUAGAUGUCCUCAAUGUAAAGGAUUUUUUGGGCCCCAAGAUGUUAAAACUGAAAAUGUGGCAAGACAGACUGAAGAACCACUUAAAGACUUACGUGAACUUCUUCAAAACAUUCAGAAAAGUAACGUUAAACCAAAAAAAUCAGACCAAAAUAUAGCAAAUGCAAAAAACUUGCCCGAAAAAACUACACAUGUAUCUAAACAUGACAAUAAUAUAUUUGAACAUAACGGGAAGCAGUAUCACGUGAAUUAUACAGAUAUAUUCUCCAUUAAGAAAAAUUCAAAAGGUGAAACCAAGUUGCAUUUGGCUUGUAAGAAAUUUAAGUUGAAUGAAAUACAGAAUCUUUUGAAACAGAAAAUAGACAUAAAUGCAAAAGAUUAUGCUGGCUGGACACCAUUGCAUGAAGCUAUACAAAGUGGAAAUGUUGAGGUUGUUGAAUUUUUACUUAAAAAUGGUUGUCUUAUAAACAUUCCUGGCUCAGAUUAUGCAACACCUUUACACAAAGCAGCGUCAUUGGAUAAAAUUGAUUUGGUUAAACUGCUUCUUAAAUAUGGAGCUGAUAGAGAUAUGGUCGAAUACAGUGGACUGAAACCAGCAAACUGUACUACAAAAGAUGAAGUUAAAGAAGUCUUAGAAUCCUACAACGACAGCCCUAUAAAUGUACUGUACGAAGUAUAUUUGCCUAGUAAUAUACAUGUAUAUGCCCACAGUAUCGAUGAAGAAUAUAAAAACAAGCUGGUAGGGUCUAAAAAAAUAACUUUAGUAAAUAAAAUGGACCCGAUCAAAAAAAUUACGCAUAUUGCAAUUAAAAAAACUCAUAAAGUAUCAUUUAAAAUUCUCCAAGCAAUGCUAGAAGGCCUGCAAUUCAUUACACAAGAAUCAAUUGAUGAUUUUAUUGAUGGAAACUACUUUCUGGAUAUUCCGAAUUAUGUUUUUUUAACUGGAAACGAUGAUCUUAAUAGAGGAAUCCGAAAAUCUAUGAUUAGUACAUGUUUAAGGCAUCCCAAAUUAUUUGAAGGUGUCAAUUUCUUCAUUGAAGAUCAUCUAACGCCUGUUCAAGUGUACCAUUUGAAAGUUGACAAAGAAUAUUUGACCAAAUUAAUCAAGGCGGGUGACGGACAUGUGCUACAUCGAGCCCCUGCCUUGAGAACUUGCGAGAGUGAUCAAGUACAUCCUUUCUUUGCUUCUAAAUCCUCCAAGGCUUAUUGGUGUUGUAAUUUUAUUAUUUAUGCUGAAAAUAAUGUUCCAGACUUGAAGUACAAUAUGCCAGAGUUACAGCAUCGUACCUCAAAAUGGUUGAUUGAUUGUAUUAUAAACCACGAUAUUUGUGACUAAAUAAAAGUAUAUAUUAAGUAA